ACUUUUCAGUGUUCAGUGUUCAGUGCAGCUGCCAUUUGAGUUCCCCUCUUCGUCUAGGGCUACGUCCCGCUUCAAAAUUGCCGGCGAUCUCUUUCCACUGCGGCGUUCUCCGGCGGAAUCGUUAGUCUUCCGCUGAUUCAGAGGCUAAAGGAGCACCGGCAUUCACCCUCCGCUUUCUCUGCGAGCUGAUCCUUUUUCUUCCUUUAAGAUUUUCCGGUUUUUGUGUGUGUACGCGUCUGAUUAAGCUUUUCGGUGCUCCGGGUUGACUCGGUUGGUUGUACCUGGUCGACUCUGGUGAAAUAUGGGAAGCAGCUCAGAUGAAGAGUCGGACUUCAGCGAUUCAGAAAUAAACGAGUAUAAAGAGAAACCUUAUGAGUUGCUGAAGGCUGGCACUCACAAAGUAAGGGGCCCGAAUGGUUCCUUUAGAUGCCCUUUUUGUGCCGGGAAGAAAAAACAAGACUAUCAGUUCAAUCAUCUUUAUCAACAUGCUAUAGGAGUGGCUAAGGGCUCAGCCAGCCGAGGUGCAAAGCAGAAAGCAAACCAUCUCGCACUGGCUACGUUUUUGGAAAAUGAUCUAGCUAACGAGGCUCCGCCACAACCUCAACCUACAGUACCUGUGCCUGCUGCUAAACCGGAGCAGAGUGAGUUGUAUUGUUGGCCCUGGGUGGGCAUAGUAGUUAACAUAUUAAAAGAGGCAAAAAAUGGUGAUUGUGUGGAUAGCUCUGAUUAUUGGUCUAAGAAAUUCUCCAAAUACAAGCCUGUAGAAAUUAAAAUAUUCUGGGAUGAUGACCGGUCGACUGCACAAGUUGUUUUAAGAUUUGAUAAUGAUUGGACUGGUUUCAAAAAUGCGAUGGAAUUUGAGAAGUCCUUUGAAGCUGGUGGCCAUAGUAAGAAAGAAUGGGAUGGUCGAAGAAAUUCUCCAGGUUCAAAUAUUUAUGGUUGGUUUGCACGUGAAGAUGAUUACAAAACGGAAGGGCCUGUGGGAGAUUAUCUACGCAAGAACGGGGAAUUGAAGACAAUCUCUGACCUGGUCCAGGAAGCGACCAAGGAUAGGAACAAAAUUGUCGGUACUUUGGUCAAUGAGAUUGACUUGAAAAACGAAAACCUGGAUGAGUUGCAGAUCAAGUACAACGAGAAGACAUUAUCUCUGAGUAGGAUGCUUGAAGAGAAAGACGAACUUCACCGUUCUUUCUAUGAAGAAACAAGGAAGCUACAACGCGUUUCACGUGAGCACAUUAAGAGAGUUUUGGACGAACAAGAGAUGUUGAAUGUCGAGUUAGAAAACAAGAAAAAACGGCUUGAUUCUUGGAGUAAAGAACUGAACAAGCGGGAGGCAUUAACUGAACGUGAGAGACAGAAACUUGAAGAGGAGAAAACAAAGAAUGAUAUGAGAAAUAACUCGCUUCAAUUGGCUUCUGAGGAGCAAAGGAAAGCAGACAAAAAUGUACUAAGGCUAGUUGAAGAACAGAAGAGGGAGAAGGAAGAGGCUCUUAAAAAGGUUCUUGAGCUAGAAAGAAACUUAGAUGAGAAGCAGAAAUUGGAAAUGGAAAUUGAAGAACUUAAAGGAAAGUUGGAGGUGAUGAAACAUAUGGGAGGAGAUGAUGCAGCUGUUCAGCAGAAAAUAGAUAGUAUGAAUGAGCAAUUGCAGGAGAAAAAAGAUGAUUUGGAUGGUCUCGAAGAUUUAAAUAAGCAACUGCUGUUAAAAGAGCGCCAAAGUAACGAUGAGCUGCAAGAGGCUCGCAAAGAACUAAUUGAGGGCUUGCAAGAAAUGCUGAUUAGUAGCCGUGUCAAUAUCGGAAUAAAAAGAAUGGGUGAAAUCGAUGAAAAAGCAUUUAAGAAUGCAUGCAAGCUAAGAUUUCCACCUGAAGAAGCUGAUAUAAAGACUGUUGAACUGUGCUCCUUGUGGCAAGAAAAGAUGAAACACCCCGACUGGCAUCCAUUCCGGGUAGUCGAAGAUAGCAAGGGGAAUUGUCAGAACUACAUAAAAGAGGAUGACGAACUGCUAAGCGGCCUUAAGAAUGAGUGGGGAGAUGAUGUGUACGACGCAGUUACUACAGCGCUGAAGGAGAUGCAUGAAUAUAAUCCAAGCGGAUGUUAUUCAGUUCCCGAGCUAUGGAACUUCAAGGAAAAUCGUAAGGCCACUCUGAAGGAAGUCAUCAGUUACAUCUUCGCACAGUUGAAAACUCUCAAACGCAAGAGAACUUGAACAGGAGGAUAUGUUACGGGGCAGGUGGUUCUGGCAUGGCAAUUCAGAAAUUUGGAACGCAAGAUUAGGAAUCGAGAGUCUUAACUAUUGGUGGUUACUAAUAUUGAAAACUGAAGCUUUUGAGUUGUCGAACAUCAUGUAAUUGAAGCACUAACUAUGGUAGAACUGCUGGAUUAUUAUGUUAACUUGGUUGUUUAUUUGCAGAGAAUCCUAGAAUCUUAGUUGUGAAAAGGUUCUCUUUUUGUGCGUUGUUCUUGACGAUGUUUUAGGAAAAUACGUGCUACGGUAACUGAAAUUUAAAGUCGAAAAUGCGAAAAGUGCAAUGGUGAUGCCCAAUCGA